AUGCUAGAUGUGACAGGUGCUGAGAGUAGAGCAAAAUCUAAGGAAAUAAGCCUCUGUGACGUGAGGUAUAAGGAGGACAAGCCUAAGUUUGUUGCCUCUGUAGACCAACUCGAGCUUGGAGCAACAUCUAAUAGGACUGAAGUAGGCAUAGUCGAUCCAAGUGAAGCUGGCAAACACUUCAAUGGAAAAGCCCUAUGCGAUUUGGGAGCAAGUGUUAACUUGAUGCCUCUAGCUGUAUUUAAUCGAUUAAAUUUGGGUGAAGCAAGGCCAACCACUAUUACAUUGCUCUUUGCUAAUAGAAGUAUCUCAUAUCCAAAAGGGAUUGUAGAAGAUGUCUUGGUGAAGGUAGAUAAAUUCAUAUUUCCAGCUGAUUUCAUUGUGUUAGACUGUGAGGUAGAUUGGAAUAUCCCUAUUAUUUUGGGACAGCCAUUCUUAGCUACCGCAAGAACCCUUAUUGACGUAGAAGAGGGUGACAUCACCAUGCGAGUAAAUGAUGAGAAGGUGAUAUUCAACAUGAAUCAAGCCUUGAAGUUUCCAGAUGAUUCUGCUCACUGUAAUUGUAUUGAUGUGAUUGACACUACAAUGCAAGAGGAGUUGAUUAACUCUUUGACCAAAGACCCAUUAGAAGCAUUGUUGAUUGGAGAAACAAGUAGUAUUGAUGGCAAGGUUAAAGCUUAUACAGAAAUGAUAAGUAUUGAAGCGUUUCCAUAUCGAAAAGCUAAGACUUUUGAGCCUCUAGAUGUGACUAGUGCUUUAAGCUCUCCUCUAAAGCCUUCUGUGGAUGAACCGCCAGUGUUGGAGUUGAAGACUUUACCAUCACAUCUCAAGUACGCCUACUUAGGUAAUUCUACUACUUUACCUGUGAUUGUUUCUUCUAAGUUGUCCACGUUGCAAGAAGAGAAACUGUUAAGGGUCUUGAGACACCACAAGAAAGCUAUUGGGUAG